AUUUCAAAAAAAAAAAAAACAAUAAUCAAGAAUUAGUUUGAAGCUGAGGUUGAGAGAGUGUUGUGUGUGGCCAUGGCAGCAGUAGUAAUGAGCUACUGCAAGCCUUCGCCAUUUCUUCCUCAAUUCUCUGGAAAAUCAGCAUCCGGACGAAGAAUCAGUAGUCAAGUGCAGGUUCAUAAAACUAGUGCACUAUUUUGGGGAUCAAAGAAGCCUUCAGAGCCAAGAGUAUCAGAUUUUCCACUAGAGGAAUUCACUUUAACAGGGUCAGGCUCAGAGGAUGGCUCAGCAAACCAAGUGAUACCAAAAAAAAUAUCAAUUUCAGUGAUCUCUUCUAUAUCUGAAGUCUCCCCGGAUGAUUGGGAUACCUGCAAUUUGGAUUCCACGGGCCCUGAAAAACUAAAUCCAUUUCUGUUGCAUAGUUUUCUUUCAAGCUUAGAAGAAUCAGGCAGCGCCGUGAAGGAAACUGGGUGGAUGCCUAGCCACAUUAUUGCAAAGGAUGAACAUGAAAAUGUUUUAGGUGUGGUUCCACUUUAUCUUAAGAGCCAUUCAUAUGGUGAAUUUGUUUUUGAUCAUUCUUGGGCUGAUGCCUACUAUGGUUUCGGAUCAAGAUAUUAUCCAAAGUUCCAAUGCUGUGUGCCAUUUACUCCUGUAACGGGUCCUAGGAUUUUAGUCCGUAAUACGUCAAUCAGAGAUCAAGUUUUCGACUCUAUGGUUUCUGCCUUGAAGAAUCUUGCAUUGAAGGCCCAGGUAUCAUCUUUGCACAUUACUUUCCCCUCAGAAGAAGAGUGGACCAAACUGAAGGAAAAAGGAUUUCUGCAGAGGAUUGGAAUGCAGUACCACUGGAAAAAUCGCAAUUAUAAAAAUUUUGAUGAGUUCUUGAUGGAUAUGAAGCAAAGUAAAAGGAAAAAUAUCCGCCAAGAGCGCAAGAAGAUUCCUGCUCAAAACUUGACUAUGAAGCGGCUCCAGGGUGAUGAAAUAACGGCUAGACACUGGGAUUCCUUCUAUAACUUCUACAAAAACACAACUGAUAACAAGUGGGGCACUCCUUAUCUCACAAGAGAAUUCUUUCACAUCAUGGGAUCAAAGAUGGGAGACCGAGUAUUACUUGUUAUCGCUGAAGAAGGCGAUGAACUUGUAGCAGGAUCUCUGAAUCUUAUUGGUGGUGAUGCUCUCUAUGGGCGAUUAUGGGGGUGUCAUCCAAGAGCCUAUUACCCAAGUUUGCAUUUUGAAUCGUGCUAUUACCAGGCAAUUGAAGCUGCCAUUGAACUCAAUUUGGGUACAGUUGAAGCAGGAGCACAGGGUGAGCAUAAAAUUCAGCGUGGUUAUCUGCCUGUGACAACUUAUAGCUGUCAUUACCUCACUGAUGAAGCUUUCAGAAAAGUCAUUGGGGAUUUUCUAGUGCGAGAAUCAUCUCAGGUUCAGCUGGUAAUGAAACUAAUACAUGAAUCUGGUCCCUUUAAGGAGGGCAUACAAAUGGAAUUACUUGGCCAUUGAAAUUCUUGAUUUAAAUGGUCUACAUAAUCAUUUUAGUGACUAUUAUUUCUUGCAUAUUUUAAUAUUGCAGUUAUCAAUUGUGCUCGUUCAUGGGUAUUUGUACAUAAUAUUAACAAGAUUAACUUUUACAUAUAUUAGGUGAAAUAUAUGUAUAUAUAAUUGGCCUAA